AUGAUCAAUUUGUCUAUUAACAUUGGCAUCGGCUCCGGUAGCUCUCUCGACCCUACACAAAAUCUUGCUAGCCCAUAUUAUCUACACCCUAAUGAGAACCCUGCUCUGGUUCUGGUCACUCCAGCCCUAAAUGGUUUGAAUUAUCAUUAUCAUACGGGUCAAGAGCUAUAUGGAUGGCUCUCAGUCCAAGAACAAGCUCCAGCUCUCUUUCCGUGGAAGACGAUUGCUGCCACUUCCACUCAUAUAAUUGAUCCUAACUCCUCAUCUUUUCCUUCCAAUUCCUUCCCUACUACCUCUGAUUCUUCUUCUACUUUAACUGCACCCACACGAACUUCCUCCAGGCCACAUAAAACUCCUACUUAUUUGCAGGAUUACUAUUGUUCAUCCUUUACUACUUCAGCUUCAUCAUUCUCUUCAGGGUACACUGAUUGCAAACCUACCUCCACCCUAAUGGAUAGGAAUGCUAAGCUGAGUUUAGAUACAGCACAUCGAGUUCUUCGAUACAUUAAAUCUGCACCAGCUUAGGGGAUGUUCUUCCCUUCUAAGUCUGAU